GUUCUCGAAGCGUUCGACACACUGCUACGACACAACGGCUCCUCCAACACACACAAACACACACACAGGGUCAUCGCCCUCCUAUUCUUCUCCACACAGUGGCAGGAAGUUGUCCAGAUAUCCGCAGGGCCUCUGAAAAAAAGAAAAAAAGAGGUUGAGUGAACAAAGUGGGCUGGGUUGUAGUAGAAGGUGUCGUCGGUGACGGCGGUGAUGGAACUGGGCGACUUCAGUCAGAGUUAACUGUUCAUUGUGAGCAGCGGGGCUGUAGCCUCACCGCAGGACUGCGGAUUUACAACGAGUCACAGCCGAGCUUCUGCGGAUCAGAGGCAGGUUUUCCGGAACAGCUGGACUGGACUGUCGAUCCGCCCGAGCACAGAGACGACGAGGCCCACGGCUGGCAACCUGAACGGCCGCAAGAUGUUGGCUCUGAGGAUGUCUCUUCUGCUGGGGCUGAGCUGGACAUGUCGAGCCGCAUCAGGAGAUCCAUGGGGUAAGUGUCCAGUCAACAGAAAGUGCAAGGGCAAGUUCGGAGACGGGUCGUGCGACGGGGAAUGUAUGGAGCCCGAGUGUCUCCGAGACGGCUUGGACUGCCUGAAGGACAGGGGCCACUGCAACCCGGACCACAUCAAGUACUGCCGCGAUCACUACGCCGACUCCCACUGCGGCCAGGGAUGCAACAACGCCCCCUGUGGAUGGGACGGCAGCGACUGCUUCACACAGCAGAGCCCCCAGUGGGCCAAAGGCACCAUGGUCCUUCACACCAACAUCCCACUGGACCGUGGCACCUUCUCCAACAGCUCCCUGCUCUGGGCGCUCAGCGUCCUCCUCCAGUCGCCACUCAAGCUGAGAGGGGCCACCCAGCUCGCCACCAACAGAAAUCUGUUGGACUUUGACCCCCAGCAGCUCGUCGACCUGCUGGCGCAGGCGACACCCGCUGACUCGAAUGGCUCCCUCCUUUUCCUCCAGGUGGACAACAGGCCAUGCUCCCGUCUGCCCUCUACCUGUUUCCCCUAUGCCACCGAGGCUGCCAGUUUCCUGCGGGCCGUGAUGUUACUGAAGCCCACCUCGUUCCCCACCCUCCCGGAGCUGAGGGCCGUCGUCGGUAUCAUAGGCGUCCGAGAGGAAAUAGGAAGCAGAGAGGAGGAAACGGUGAAAGAGGCAGUCAAAGAGCCGCACCCCGUGUGGCUGUGGGCCGUGGUGGCCCUAGCCAUUGGCCUGCUGCUGGCGCUGCCCCUGGUGGUGUUCCUGGUGGUGAGGAGGGUGAGGCAGCGGCGGGCGGAGAGGGAGGCCAAUAGCAGGGUGAGACACCGGUCCACGGCCACCGACAACGACGGCAAAGCAAAGUCCUGGACGCCGCACGUGGCAGCCCACCAAGAACAGCGGGUCCGGUCCAGCAGAGAGAAAGACAAGAUCAGCCUGCGGAAAAAGAAGAAAGCCAAAGAGGCAGAGAAAAAGAGGAGGAGGGAGCCGCUGGGCGAGGACGCCAUUCGAAUGCGGCCUCUCAAAAGGGACCAGGAUAUAGGAAGUGACACAGACUUUACCCAGAGUUCAAUGGAAGACAUCAAUGCGAGAUGCUCCAGGCGACAGGAGGAGGCGUCCAUCUGCGACCACAGGACCCAGGAGCAGAAACACUACCGAGCCGGACCCUCACAGUCCCGCCGGCCCAUACAGCCUCCACCUAGAGGAUGGGAGAGAAACGCCAUGCCUCCCCCUCUGCUCAGUCCUCCUCAACAGUCGGCAGAGUGGUGUGGCCCAGAUGGGUCUGUGGUUCUCAUCCGAGCCGUGCGCAGCGGACUGGACCGAGUAGUUUUGGAGCUGCUGCGGGCCGGAGUACCCGUUAACAACACGGAUCACACUGGGAGAUCAGCCCUGCACUGGGCAUGUUCAGUAAACCACCUCUCCCUUACAAGAACCCUCAUACGCUAUGGGGCCGCUGUGGACCUGCAGGACAACAAGGGCGAGACAGCACUCUUCCUCUCCUCCCUCCACGGUUGCUACGACACUGCCAGACUUCUCCUCCUUCACGGGGCCAACCUCGAGCUGCAUGAUCGAAGGGGACGGCGGCCAAUCGACGUGGCCAGAGAGGGGAUGCGUCACCAGGUCCUCGAACUCCUGCUGGCCCACCAAAUUCAGAGAGGGCCCGUUCCCGUCGACUCCGCCAACGAGAUGAUGUGGGAGUACUCAGCGUGGGUCGGCUCACAAGGCCUGCCUGGAAGAAGUGCCUCCUUCUCUGGGAUCGUAGGGCACCGAGAUAUGACCCCGCCACCACAAAAUGAUUGGUCAAUGAACAGAGUGCAGUACCCCUCCCCUCAGAACUGGCGGCCACAGAUCAACCAAUCGGCGACGGCGCUCGUACCCCCGAGAGUCAUGGGCCGCUCGCCUCGGCCAAUCAGCACCUUACAGGAGGUGACCUCAGAAGACGAGGAUCGAGACAGGCACCACGACGCACCAAGAGCUGCAACACCUCACUUCCUGUCGCCCCAACCAGCCCCACGGCAGCGCUCCUUCUCCUGCACCCAGCAUGCAUUGCAGCAUCGCUCCAGUGCCCACCAGCCAGAGCCCAACUACAUAAUUGUGACAGACAGAACAGCCAGUGAGACCAUAGAAAGAGUCAUUGUUUCACCUCCCACAGAUGCCACGGCCGCCCAGUCGGAUCGCCAGCCAGUUCUUAACAGUGACCAUCCCAUUAGAGCAGAGCAAGCAGCAGUGAGCUCAACAAAUACAGAGCAGAAGUCAAGAGGUGAGAGGUUAAACAACAGGAGUGACUCUACACAAACAGCCCUGUAGAGAGGAGGGUUAGGAUAAGCUGCCUCUCCAUUCAGCCCAUAAGAAUAGAACUGAAGAGGAUAUGAAUAUGAUAAUGAUUUUCAGUGGUUUAAUAAAGCUAUACGUAAACAGAGGGGCACUGAGUUUUAGUUUGGCAUAUUUGGCAUAUUUUGUUUAUACCCAACAUAAAGCAGGAUGCUCACGAGUCAAUGUCCACAGUCCAACCUUGAUUCAGUGUCAUUGUGGAGUUCACGAUUGUCCAAUCUGCAUCUGUUGGCUGUCGUCCGACAGAUUUUCCUGUCAAGUUAAUACACAGCAGCACUUGGAGACAUUCCAGCCCAAACCACCCCGCAUAUUUUUCACUCAGCCUUUCCCUAAAUUAUUAUUGUUAUUAUUUUAUUUUUUACUAUAGCGAUGAGCAUAUUUGUUGAUUGUACAUUUUCUGUUACAUGACACUAUCAAAUAGGUAAGGAAUUCCCAUCAAACGGGAUGAAUCUGGCAGUCGGCCUGAAACGAACACCACAGUGUAUUCACAUUGCCUGGAAGUGUAACAGGUUUCAUUCUGAUUAUUGCAGAAAUAUUCUAAAUGAAAAAUAUUCAAAAGUUAACUAUGCGCAUAGUUGCACAAAGAUGUCAGAAUCCUGUGGAUGCAUGAAAUAAAGUAUGUGUUUAUGCAAAUAA